AUGGAGAAACUCUGCUUCUUCAUUGCUGUUGUAGUGUUUUCAGUGAACUGCUUUGCGCUACACUCAACCACAGAUGAAGAUGCACUUCUUGCCUUCAAAACUCGAAUCACUUCAGACCCUUACGGCAUCUUGGCAGAUAACUGGUCGACUACUACGUCAAUUUGCAACUGGAUUGGUGUUUCUUGCAGCAAGAAUAGGCAAAGUGUCAUUGCUUUAAAUUUUUCGGGGUUCGACUUCACAGGCACCAUUGCUCCACAUCUUGGAAAUUUAACGUUUCUGGGUUCUUUAGACAUCAGUUUCAACAAUUUUACAGGGCUAAUACCCCCCGAGCUUUCAAACUUGCGUCGUUUAGAAGAGAUAAACAUGGGAUUUAACAGUUUCAUUGGAGAGGUACCUUCAUGGUUUGGAAUCUUACCCGAACUUCAGCAGAUUCUUCUGAACAACAAUAGUUUCACAGGCAGCAUCCCUCCAUCUUUAUGCAACAAUUCAAAGCUACAAACUCUGCAAAUGAGAAACAAUUUUAUAAAUGGAAAGAUUCCACAAGAGAUUGGCAAUCUUUCUGCCCUGGAAAUAUUAGGUUUAAGGUUUAACCAGCUUACAGGGUCCAUACCUUUUGGUUUCUUCAACAUGUCUUCUCUGAAAGUACUCGAUCUCUCUAUUAAUAGCCUGUCAGGAAGUCUCCAGGAGAGUAUAUGCGAUAGUAUCCCGAAAUUGACCGGACUCCAUCUCUCGAAGAAUCUUCUCUACGGGCAAAUUCCAUCAAAUAUACACAAGUGCAGGUACCUCGAGGACCUAUCAUUAUCCUAUAAUCAUUUCAAUGGAAGAAUACCAAGUGCAAUUGGCAGCUUGACCAUGCUGAGGAGUUUAUUUCUUGGGAUAAACAACUUGGAAGGAGGAAUUCCAACGGAAAUAGGUAAUCUUUCACGUCUUGAAUUAUUAAGCAUACCAGGCGGCUCUCUAACAGGGCCAAUUCCAUCUUCUAUCUUCAACAUAUCUUCUCUGAAAGCGAUCGACUUUAGUAACAACAGCCUGUCUGGAAGCCUCUCAGUUCACAAUUAUCAUAAGCUUCCUGAGCUCGAGCAGCUUUAUCUUCAUUCCAAUCAGCUAACUGGCCUAACUCUUUUGAACAUUUUGGAUUUUAAAAGUCUUUGGGUCAUAUCACUGUCCGACAACAAUCUUACGGGUGGUCUACCUGUAAAAGUUGGAAACCUCACUAGGCUGAAGUAUCUAUUUCUAGAUAAUAACAGAUUGACAGGUGAAUUACCAGACGAGCUUGGAAAUCUUAACCUUGAGAGAGUUAAUGUCCGCAACAAUAGCUUAUUUGGCACCAUCCCCAUAUCCAUGUUCAAUAUAUCAACAGUGAAGAUGAUGGAACUUUCAGCCAACCAGUUUUCAGGCCAUCUUCCUUCAGCCAUUGGCCUCUCACUUCCGAAUCUUGAAGAGUUUUAUCUGGGUGACAACAGACUCACUGGAGUAAUUCCAAGCACUAUCACCAAUGCUUCUAAGCUUACCAUCUUAGACAUGGCCAGCAACUCUUUGACUGGCACAAUUCCAAACUUUGGUAAUCUAAGACUUCUACGACGCCUUUUAAUUGGAGAAAAUAAUUUGACCAGAGAGUCUUCGAGUCUGGAGUUAAGAUUUUUCUCUUCAUUAACAAAUUGCCGAUAUUUGGAUAUGAUUGAAGUAUCUUUGAAUCAGCUAAACGGUAUCCUCCCAGCAUCAAUUGGGAAUUUCUCCACUUCCCUUCGAGUAUUCAGAGCAUUUGGAUGCCACAUUAUGGGUGCUAUUCCUGCCGAGAUUGGAAACUUAAGCAGCUUGACAGAUUUGUAUUUGGAUAACAAUCAGUUGAUGGGAUUCAUCCCAAGAUCACUAGGAAAAUUAAGACAUCUUCAACGUAUUUAUCUUGAACACAAUAAACUUGAUGGAUACAUCCCUGCUGAGCUUUGCCAUUUAAGCAUUUUGGGUGACUUGUAUCUAAGUAACAAUACGCUUCAUGGGUCAAUCCCCACGUGUUUGGGUGAACUUAAAUCUUUCAGAAGACUCUACUUAGACUCCAACAAAUUGAAGUCUACUGUACCUUUGAAUUUGUGGAACCUUAAUGAUCUCCUGGAAUUAAACUUGUCCUCGAACAGUUUAAGAGGCUCCCUACCUUCGGAAAUAAAAAAUCUGAAGGUUAUCAACAAACUAGACAUAUCACAAAAUCAAUUCUCAGGUGAUAUCCCAAGUUCUAUUGAUGCCAUGGAAUCAUUGGUUUCACUAUCUUUUGCACAUAAUAAAUUUCAAGGAUCUAUUCCUGAGUCUUUAGGAAAUAUGAGGAACUUGGAAUUCUUGGAUCUGUCUUAUAAUAAUUUUUCUGGAUGGAUUCCGAAGUCAUUAGAGACACUCAAGUAUCUAGAAUAUUUUGAUGUGUCUCACAACAAACUAGAGGGAGAGAUUCCUGUUGGGGGACGUUUUGCGAACUUCACUGCUCAAUCAUUUGCUCAGAACUAUGCUCUCUGCAGUGAAACUCGACAACAGUUUCCGCAUUGUGGGAAAAAAAUUGAAAGAUCAAAGUCAAAGAACGCGGGGGCAUUAAUGAAAUAUAUUCUUCCCCCAAUCAUAGCAAUUAUUAUUGCAAUGAGCAUAACCCUUUUGAUGCUAAGAAGAAGAAAAUCUUGCAGACAACUACUACCGAAGAGCGAAAAUUCAUUAGGUCUUUUGUGGAGAAGAAUUUCUUAUCAAGAACUUCAAGAAGCAACAAAUUCCUUUAGUGAAAUCAACAUACUUGGAAGUGGAAGUUUUGGUUCAGUUUAUAAAGGAACACUUUCUGAUGGAUUAAAUGUUGCAGUGAAGGUUUUCCACUUGCUGUCAGAACGAGUAACCAGGAGUUUUGAUAUAGAAAGCGAGGUAUUGAACACCAUUCGCCAUCGGAAUUUAGUCAAAACCAUUGGAUAUUGCAGUAACGCAGAGUUCAAAGCCCUGAUCUUGGAGUACAUGCCUAAUGGGAGCCUCGAGAAAUGGUUAUAUUCCCAUAACUACUUUUUGGACAUAUUAAAGAGAUUAAAUAUAGCAAUUGAUGUUGCAUUGGCUUUAGAAUAUCUACACCAUGGUCUGUCAUUCACUAUCCUUCAUUGUGAUUUAAAGCCUAGCAAUGUCCUGCUUGACGAAGAUAUGGUGGGACAUGUUGGUGAUUUUGGUAUAUCCAAACUGUUCGAUCAAGGGGAGUCAAUGGCUCAAACAAAGACCUUAUCAACAAUUGGAUAUAUGGCACCAGAAUAUGGAACCGAAGGAAUAGUAUCCACUAGUGGCGAUGUCUACAGCUUUGGUAUAAUGCUGCUGGAGAUGUAUACAAGAAAGAAGCCGACAGAUGAGAUGUUUGGUGAAAAAAUGAGCUUGAAAAGUUGGGUGGGGCACUCAUUAGCUGAAAAUACCAUAACUGAAGUUGUGGACACCAAUUUGCUUGGAAAAGUAGACCAAAAUUUCUCUGCAAAGGAGAAAUGUGUCUCAUCCAUUCUGGCUUUGGCGAUGGAAUGUUUGGCCAGUUCUCCUGUGGAAAGAAUCAAUAUGAGGGAAGUUGUGGCUAGACUUGAAAAGAUUAAAACAACAUUUCUAGCAACAACUUCAAAUGCUAAAGACAGCACAAUUUUGUCUCUAGAACCAACCAACAUAGUUGUCAUUUGA